CGUGCGGGGGCGGGGCCGCGGCGCUCGGGGCUGGCGGGCUCGGAUGGCGGCGGCGCAAGGCUCCUGAGCGGGCCGGGGCCAUGAACGCCGCCCGGCCCCAGUUCAGCAUCGAUGACGCCUUCGAGCUGUCCCUGGAGGACGCGGGCCCGGGGCCCGAAUUCAGCGGGGUCGCCCGCUUCGGGCCGCUGCACUUCGAGCGCCGAGCCCGGUUCGAGGUGGCCGACGAGGACAAGCAGUCCCGGCUGCGCUACCAGAACCUGGAGAAUGAUGAGGAUGCAGCCCAAGCCUCUCCGGAGCCGGAUGGGGGAGUCAGCAUCAGGGAUUCCAGCCGAACGUCCAUCCGCAGCUCCCAGUGGUCCUUCAGCACCAUCAGCAACAGCACCCAGCGAUCCUACCAUGCCUGCUGCAGCUGGACGCAACACCCUUUGAUCCAGAAGAACUGUCGGGUAGUGCUGGCCUCCUUCCUACUCCUGCUGCUGGGGCUGGGUGAGGAAACUGAGGCCUUAAGAGGAGCAGGCCCGGUCUCCUGGACACACAGCCAGGAAAUCACACAUAGUGGAAAAGGGAACCUGGUCCCAUGCUCCAAACUUUUUUUUAACUUAGCCAUUUAAUCCCUCAUGGAGCAAAAGAGCCAACAGCCACCAUUUAUUCUGUGGCUACUUCAAGCCAGCCGCAGGGUAGCUUAUUUCCUGCCUUACGGAGGUCACACAGAAAGUGAGAGGUGGGACCGUGACCCAGAACCAGUACGGAGACAAGUGCUCAGGGAUCUGCCCAUCCCCGUCGACAGGGAUGCUGAGCACCCUGCCGGCCCGACCCACGGAGCACCUGUCGCGUCCCCAUCCCUGGAGUCUGAGAGCUGAGGAGGACCCCUCCCUGGCCCUCACCGGGUACACCUAUUGCCCAGAUGGGGAAAGCGAAGACCAGAGCAGACAGAUCUCCCAGCCAGAUGUUUUCUGACUCAUUCUACGGGGCUGAGGAAUCAGGAUCCCCAGCAGGGACCUAGGGUCGGGAUCAAGAGGGGCUCGUGAGGACAGCCCAGCUGUGGCAGCUGCUCUCCAUCUUCCAGCACGGUCAGAGUCCCCUAGCCAGAAAGCUGAGCAGCAUCCUCGCCUCGGCUCUGGGUGUCUACGUGUGGCGGGAGGGAGCCACCAACUUCUCCGGUCCCCACUGCAAGCUGGGCACUGGUCACACGGGCGACCUGCCUUAUCCCAUUUCAUUCUUUCUCCCAGUACCCACAAGGGCAAGCAUUAUUACCAUCCCAGUCCAGAAAUAAGGACAGAGGCUCAGCCAGGUAAAGGGACUUGCUCAGACCUCAGCUGUGAGGUAGAUGAGCUGGGAUUUAAACCCACAUCAGUGACAUUACCAGGCCUAUAAAGGGCCUUUGUAGGACUUAGAAGACACCUCCUCUGAGUGGGCAGGGCCCCCAGCCCUAAGCCAGGGUGGCAGGUAGUGUUUCAGCCCCCACCAUUCCUUUUUUCAGGUGCUCUAUACGGGGCACCAGUCACCUAACAGUCCAUGGUGGCCCCUCGAGCCUUCAUGCCAUAUCGCUCCCUUGCUGGAAAGCCCAGCUCCCCCACCGCCCCCAAUCCCAUCCUCUAAGCGGGGACCCAGGACUCUGUAGGUCUGAAAAGUUGAUCCAGCCAUGACUUCCCCAAACCCACUGUUCUCAGCCAAAGUUCACAUCCCUCGUUGGGGUCUACAGGCCCUGCCAGACUCCUCAAGCCCGGGCUCUUGCCUCUCCAGUCUUCCACUCUGGAAGCUCCUGGAAGGCCCCAAGUUCCUUCCAGACUCUAGGCCUUUGCCAUGCUGCUCCCUCCGCCCGGAGCAUUCCAGUUCUUUUCUGCCUGCACCAAGCCCAUAGCAAAGCCUCCAGAGUCCAAGCGCCUCCUCCUUCCACAUGCAGCUCUCCGUCUCAGUUUCAUCUUCUGUGAAAUGGGGAUGAUAAUACCUGUUUCAUUCAGUCACG